CUCGUUCUCUCUCGCUCGCUCUUUGUCUCGUGGUCUCGAAGAGAUGGAAGAGCCUUUCCCUCGCGCAUCUGACGAUGUUGCCCACCAGCCUGGUGUCCCCCCUCCCCACGCCCCCUCCCCAUCCCCCUCUCACCAAUUCCCCGCCCCGCCCCCCGCCAGCUUCUUCGCCACCCUGCAGCGAUGGGCCUACGAGGUGCCGGACCGCAUCGCCUUCCAGUGGCUGGGGCUCGACGGCCAAGAGCAGCACCGGCUGACGUAUGGAGCGCUGAUUGAGCACGUGCGCAAGACGGCAUGGUAUCUGGAGCACACGUUGGGUCUGGGCAAGGGCGACAGGGUGCUGCUGUGCUACCCACCGUCCAACGACUUCACGGUGCCCUUCAUGGCCUGCCUGGCCACCGGCAUCAUCGCCGUGCCCGUCUACCCGGCCGACCCCAAGAAGCCCAAGGAGGUGCAGCGGCUGCUGCGGGUGGCAGCAUCGGCGCGCACCAAGCACGCCCUCACCAACACAUCCUACCACCGCAUGAUCACACUCGCAGCGGGGCUGGGAGGCCUCGCGGGAGGGCAGGGGGAGGGCCUCCAGCAGCUCAAGUGGACCGUCACCGACACCGUCACACGGACAGUGGGGCGCGACGAGUCCGUUGCGUGGCGGCCGGCUGAUUUGGAGCCAUCCGAGGUGGCCUUCCUGCAAUUCACAUCGGGGUCCACCAGCGACCCCAAGGGCGUCAUGGUGACGCACGGCUCCCUCGUCUUCAACGUCCACGUGUGCAGCAUGACCUUCGGAUUCGCCAACGACGUGGAGCGAAAGGCGCACACAGAGGCCCAGCAGCAGCAGCAGAGGGACAGAGGUGAGAAGACGGCCACGGCGGCGGCGUCGCCUGUCCCCUUCCUCUACAUGGACGGCGAUUACCCCCUCGACAAGCUGCAGGCGUAUUUGCGUGAGCGGCAUGCCCUCUCCCAGCAGGUGCUCGGCCACCCGUGUCGGGCAUUCAGCUGGCUGCCCAUGUACCACGACAUGGGGUUAGUGGGGUUCGUCCUCAGCACCUCGUUCAGCGGCCUCGAGACCUACCUGAUGUCACCGCUGGACUUCAUCAAGCGCCCUCACGCGUGGCUGCACCUGAUGAGCCGCUACCAGUGCAUCGCGUGUGCGGCGCCCAACUUCGCCUUCGACCUGGUGUGCCGCAAGAUGCCCGAUGAGAUCUUCAACUCGCUGGACUUCCGGUGGGUCAGCCAGGGGGGCUUCCUGUGCGGCGCAGAGCCCAUCAGAGACAAAACCGUCAAGAGAUUCCUCAAGGUAAACAGAGAGAGAGGAGGGAGGGAGGGAGGGCACACGAAUGUUCUUUCGCAAACCUCACGUCUCCUCUGUGUGUGUGUCUAUGCAGCGUUUUGCGUCCAAGGGAGUGAAGCCAUGGAGUUUCCUCCCGGCGUAUGGCCUGGCCGAGAACACCCUGCUCGUGACGGGGAAGCGGGAGUUCCACCAGGGGCCGCUGUUUCUCACUGUCGACAACGAGGAACUGACACACAAUGGACGCAUCGUCGUGGUGAGCAAGCAAUGAUCAAGGAUGCAACCAUGGGCAAGAAGACGCUGCUCAACAUUUGUGUGUGCCGUCAGGUUCGUGAGGAGAGUUUGAGUGACAGCGAUGUCAAUCUGGCGGACUGGGACGACGUGGCUGAAGAGCCGUCGGCCCGCCUCAAGACACUGGUCGGCUGCGGGCAGCCCGUGCAGGGCACCGAUGUGCGCAUCGUCGACCCAGAGACCCUCAACGAGGUUCAUGAGGAGGGCAAACACGGAGAGAUAUGGGUCAUGUCAAGAAGGUGAGUCGAGUGAAGACACAACCACAGCAAAAGACACACACCCACAUGUGUAAUAUGGGUACUGCACCUCCUGUCUGCCUCUGUUUGUUUGCAUUGAUCAGCAAUGCGUUGGGCUACUGGGACCAGCCCCAGCAGACUGAGGAGACGUUUCGUGCCCAGUUCUCACAGUCGACAGGCGAGCUGUCUGCGCGUCGGUUCCUCCGCACUGGCGACUUCGGGUUUCUGUGGAAGGGCAUGCUGUUCGUGACGGGUCGCAUGAAGGACAUGGUGAUAGUCCGCGGCCGCAACUACUACCCACAGGACGUCGAGGAGGCAGUGGAGGGAUGCCACGAGGCCAUCAGGCCAGGGUGCUGCGCGGCCUUCUCGACCGACGCCAAUGGCACCACCACCACAACAGCAGCGGCAGCGGGCGAGUGUCAGGGUGAGCUCCUCGUGGUGGUCGCCGAGGUCAGAAACGCCGAGGCGUCGUGGUACAGCCGGCUCUUCCAGCGCGUCAAGAGAGACGAGUACACGGCCAUCUGUGAGGCCAUCUGCCGGGCGGUGCAGACGCAGGUGGGCCUGCCGGUCGCCAGGGUGAUCCUUCUCGCCCCACGUACCAUCCUCAAGACAUCAAGCGGCAAGAUCCAGCGGCAGCGCACCAAGGCUGAGCUCACUGACGGCCAACUCAAGGGCAUCGUGUUCCAGUACGAGAACGACCACUCUGCGAGCGGAUCCAUGCAGCAGCAGCCGCACCCCGCCAGUGGAGGGGAUGAUGGAGGAGUCUGUGACGCACACGAGGCGUCCUCCCCGUCGGUGCCCACUGACGGAGGUGAGGUGGCCAGCGGCAACGUCAACCACCCACACGGAGGACCGGGCCACCUCCACACGUCCCUGUCGUCGACCAGACUGGUCGGUGAGUCGGCAGCGACGGAUGACGGUGCGCCGGAAACGCCAGAACCCACUGAAGGAGGCGAGUGCGUCACGGCUCCGCAACAAAUCAUCCGCGUGUCUCAGCGAGAGAUCCAGGAGGUGAUAGUGUCUGCGCUUGGUGAGAUCGUCCGUCUGCCCGACCGCCCCGGCCUCGACUGCCCCCUGCACGAGCUGGGCAUCGACUCGAUAGCCGCGGUCAACUUCUGCAACCUGCUGGGCAAGCGGCUGUCGCGAGACUUCCCUGCGACGCUGCUGUUCGACUACCCGACGAUCCGCGACCUGACCAACUACAUCAUGGAGGACGAGGAAUGCGGGCGGGCGGGGGGCUGGUCACCCGCUGGUGGCACCAACAGACGCGCAUGGAUUGCUGCGGACUCGUCUGCCGAGGACAGGGGCAUCGCCGUAGUGAGCACUGCGUGUCGCUUCCCCUGCGGCGUGUCGUCGAGCAAGCAGUUCUGGGAGUUCCUCAUGGAUGGGUGCGACGGUAUCACAGCGGUGCCUCUCAGUCGGUGGGACAUGCACGUCUACUACGACGGGGAGGGGGACAACACGGGCGACCGGUGCUACGUGCAACACGGGGGCUUCAUCGAGGACAUCGAGUUCUUCGAUGCGGGCGUGUUCGGCAUUGCCACAGCAGAGGUGUGGAGCAUGGACCCACAGCAACGGUGUGUGCUGGAGGUCGGCUACGAGGCCCUUCACGCAGCAGGAUUCACCAGAGAGAGCCUGCUGGGGGGCGACACGGGCGUCUUCGUCGGCUGCUGCUCGUUCGACUGGAGCAACAUGAUGCACAAGUGCAUCGCUCACGCCAGCCCCUUCAGCAGCACAGGGAGUGCGGCCAGCAUCCUGGCCAACAGGAUGUCGUACGUCUUCGGUCUGAAGGGUCCGAGCAUGACCAUCGACACGGCCUGCUCGUCCUCGCUCGUCGCCGUCGAUAUGGCCUCCCGCCACCUGUUGCGAGGCUAUGGCAAGGCCGUCAUGGCUGGCGGCGUCAACCUGAUGCUCGCUCCCCACUCAUUCAUCGCCUUCUGCAAGGCGGGCAUGCUGGCGCCCGAUGGCAAGUGCAAGACCUUCGACGAGGCAGCCAACGGAUACUCGCGUGGUGAUGGGUGCGGCAUGGUGGUCAUGAAGCGCCAGAGCGAUGCCAGAGACAAUGAAGAUGACAUUCUGGCGGUGCUGAGGGGGUCAGGGGUCAACCAGGACGGCAGAUCGGCAUCGCUCACCGCACCCAACGGCCCAUCACAGCAGCGAUGCAUCCGGGCGGCCCUCGACGAUGCGGGUGUCGGGGCGUCCGAGAUCUCUUUUGUCGAGUGCCAUGGCACCGGCACGCCUCUGGGCGACCCCAUGGAGGUCCGCUCGCUGCACGCCGUCUUUGCCAAGGCUGCUCGCACCGCGCCGCUGGUGCUGGGUGCCGUCAAGACCAACGUCGGCCACUCGGAGGGCGCGUCGGGCAUCGCCGGCCUCAUCAAGACUGUCCUGGUGUUGCAACAUGGGCAGGUCCCGCCCAACCUGCACUUCAAGCAGCUCAAUCACCACAUCGCCAGCCUCCUCCAGGGCUUCCCCGUCCACUUCCCGGCCAAGGCCACCCGACUGGCUGCCGUUAAGGGGCAGAGGCUCAAGGCUGGCGUGCAGUCAUUCGGCUUCGGUGGCACGAACGCCCACUGCGUGCUGGAGCAGGGGGACGGAGCAUCGAGCACCAAGAAGCGUUCACAGCUGAGGGGAGAUCGUCCUGUUGUCAGCUUCCUGUUCGGCGGAGAGGGCCAUGCGCAAGUGGGCAUGCUGCAGCAGCUCUACGAGACGGAGGACAGCUUUCGAUCAGCACUCGACCGGUGCGACGGGAUCCUGAGAAGCGCUGGUCAAGCGUCUCUUCUCACCACCCUCUACCCCACCCAGCCGCCCCUGCAGUCGUCAGCUCCCCCCUUGUCGUCGUCGCCAAGCAAGGAUCAGUCCCACCCGCUGUCGCUGGACGAUCCUCUGGUGGAUUUCCCCGCCACCGUGUCCGUGGAGUAUGCCCUGGCGGAGCUGUGGCGGUCGAGAGGUGUGAUGCCCGAUGUGGUUGUGGGACAUGGGGUGGGAGAGCUUGCUGCCGCUGUUGUUGCCAAUGUGAUGCCACUGGAUGCGGCACUCACCCUUGCUGUGGAGCAGGCGAAGCUCAUCAAAGCGACAGACGUCUUCUUCUCAUGCGGAUCAGCCAAGGUGGCGGAGAGUGAGGAGUUCGUGGUCUCGCUGAUCAUGGAUCUCAGCCUGCAGAACAGUGUGGGCGUCGCAGCGACCAUUGACGGAUGCUCUGUGGUGGUCAACGGCGACAUCGACGGCCUGAAGACGCUCAAGCAGGCGCUCACUGAGUUGGAUCCCCCCGUCCAGUGUGACAUCGCUCCCUCCCUCCCAUACCAUUCUCCCGUCCUCGAGGCCGCUGCAGAGCAGCUGUCGGAUACCAUCGAUCGGCUUCAAGACCAGCUGUCCGUGCCGUCGUGUUCGCUCGUGUCCACUCUCUCCGGCUUCAUGGCCAACUCGGAGGUGGCCACGGUGGACUACUGGUGUCGGCAGUUCUACCAGACUGUACGAUUCCGCGAGGCCAUCAAGAUGGUGGAAGACCUCAAGUGCAACAUCUUCAUCGAGAUUGCUCCCCAAGCCGCUUUGACCGACUUGGCAGCCCAGUCAGUGAGCCGCGACUGCCGUGACGGUUCUAUGUGGGUGCCCACGCUCCAGCCUUCAGUCGAGGGGACCAAAGACAGGAGGCCCUCUGUGAAGUUGCCACGCGCAGAGUCGUUCCAGUCGCUGGCCCGCAGAGUCCAGCAAGCUGUUCGGCGCACGUCAUCGUCCGUCACAUUCAACCGUCAGGCCUUCCCGUGGACCAAAACGGGCCAUCCUCUCUUGUCGUCCAGGACUCACGAGCCCGACGGAAUGACGGUGUACACGAUGCAGCUGAGUCCCCGUCUCUUCGAGCUCUUCUCGCACCAUGAGGUGGCGUCCAAGGCUGUCUUCCCGGCCGCUGGACAACUCGAGAUGGUCGCAGCAGCAGCGCGACUGGAUCGCCUGGUGCCAAGUGAGGACGCCGAUCGCCCCUCGCUCUUCGACGACUGCCGUCCGGGAUCACACCAUCUGUGUGUCGAGCUGCAUGACGUGUCCUUUGAGGCGCCCAUCGUUAUGGACGAGGAGGAAGGCACAAUGCAGCCCCUGAGGUGCCAGCUCAAGGACGGCCGCUUUGCUAUCACGACGAUCAAGGUCACCGACGGAAGUGAGUUCAUUCAUGCGUCGGGAUCCGUGGACGUCGCACUCGAGUCCCUUCACGAUGACUUUCCCGUGUCCCACCACCAAGUCGACCCGAAGACUCUGCAGCAAGAGACGUGCACUGAGCCAGUCGACAUCCCCCACUUGUACGAGGGCCUCCGAACCAACGGCCUCGUGUACGGCCCCCGCUUCAGGACCCUCAGGCAGGCCUGGGUGGGCACAGGCGACACGCGGGGGCAGGGCCUGGGGCUGGUGCGGCACGGAGGGGCUGGGCUGGAGCUGUUCGAGCGGCUGUUCGGCUUCCACCCAACCAUUCUCGACGGCAGCCUGCAUGUGGUGGCUUGCAUCCUCGCAGCAGAGAUGGCGCCGCCCAAUGUGAAGGAGAGGGAGGAUGCCGAGGACGACGACGGUGAGAUGAAGCCCGCCACCCUGCACUACGAUGGCAUCUUCGUGCCCAGCUCCGUCAAGCGAGUGUCCAUUGGGUCAGCCCCCCUCGGCGACAGUGUGUGGUCUCACGUGAGAGUGAGGCCUCAGGCGUCCGGGGACAUCAUGAGCCUCGACGUCACAACUCUCGUCGCAGAUGUGACUCUUCUGACCGAUAGCGGAUCGGUGCUGGGCGAGAUCGAGACUUUGACGCUGAGGAAGUUGCACAGCACGAGCAAGAUCUCUUACGCCAUGCCCAAGGACGCCCUGUGGACGGUAGCGUGGGUGCCUGUGCCUGACCCGAGUGACGCAUCAUUGGCACAGCAGCGGCAUGGGCCGGAUGCCAGCAGUCCCUCCCUCUCUCCGGCCCCUCCCCGCUAUCUGUUGAUCGGUCUCGACGACACUCAAGCCGCCCAGAUCAAGGAGGACCUGCAGGGUGUGGUCGACAUCGUUGCUGUGCCGGACUGCAAGACUGAUGCCGACGUCGGCCGGGUGAUGGCGACAGUGCGCGAGGGCAGCUUCAGCAGAAUCAUCUAUGCGGCGGCACUCGUGCUUGGGGCAAGUGUUGUUGAUGUGUUGGAUGGAGCGUUGAGACUGGUCAAGGCCCUUGCGAGUGACGAGAGUGGUGACAGCUACGCGAGUGCCACACCCACAUUCAGUCCCAGCACCCUACAAGACAACAUCUCCCCUGCUGCGCCGCCAGUCCGCUCUCACACACCUCGUCUGAUCCUCUUGAACCAAGAGUCCGAUCCCGUGUCCGUCGGCGCACACAUGGCUCCUGCCGGUCUGUGGGGCUUCACUCGGGCGGUCAACGCGGAGCUCGCCGGUGUCCUCGAAGUUGAGUGCCUUGACGUCAGCAUCAUGUCGCGGACGGACCACCACGACACAUGGACAGAGGCACAUGGCCUGACAGAUGUCGCAAAGAGGCUCCGCAAGGGUGUGGAGGCGCUGGAGCACUCGGGCCAGCAGACCCUGGCGAUCCGUCACGACAAGGCAUUCGCCCCGCGCCUUGUCCGUCUUCUCGAUGACCCCACGGGUGCUGUCGAGUGGUCGAUGCAGCGGAGAGGGGCCCUUACCAAUCUCAGAAGGCGGAAGCAACCUGUUGCCUCACGCCCACCUCCACAAGGCAGCCAAGUGGAGUUGCGUGUGUGCGCGGUUGGUUUGAAUUUCCGCGACGUGUUGAAUGUGAUGGGACUGUAUCCGGGCGACCCCGGGCCGCCGGGCAGCGACUGCUCGGGCAUCGUCACGCGACUCGGACCAGACGUCACCGGCGCCACUCAGCACCAUCCGCACUUCCGAGUGGGCGACGAAGUGCUGGGCAUUGCGGCGGGCUGCCUCAAGACCUACGCCACGACGAGCUGCCUGCUGCUGACACACAAACCGAUCAGUAUGACCUUCGAGCAGGCCGCGGCGCAGCCCGUUGUCUUCACGACCGUGCAGCAUGCCCUCGGAGACCUGGCGCAGCUCAAACAAGGCCAGAACGUCCUCAUCCACGCGGCCACGGGCGGCGUCGGCCUCACGGCCGUCAACUACGCCAAGCGAGUCGGGGCGACCGUUUUCGCCACGGCCGGCAGCCAGGAGAAACAAGACUACCUGCGAUCUCUCGGCGUCCAGCUCGUCGCCAGCUCCAGAGACCCGAAGGUGAGUCAGUCCAUUGCAUGAGGGUGUGGUAUGAGACGGCUGUCAUCCUCCUUGUGUGUUGCCUGCUGCUGCUCGUCAGGUGUUCCGCGAUGCCCUCGUCUCGUGGACUGGCGAGCACGGCUUUGUCAACACGGUCCUCAACUCGCUGUCUGGCGACUUCAUCAAGGCCUCCCUCGACGGCCUGCGGCAAGGCAGCGGCGGCACCUUCAUCGAGCUCGGCAAGCGGGGCAUCUGGACAGCGGAAGACGUCGCUGCCAAGUACUCACACGUCACCUACCAUGUGGUGGCCAUCGACGACACCAUCGAGCAGCAGCCGGCGGACUUCCAGACCCUGUUGUCCCGCAUCCACAGCCCUCUCGCCGACGGACAGGGCAGGUUGUCCGAUCUGCCGCUGACUGAGUUCGAUCUGGAGAUGGAGGGAGUCGAGGCCUUCCAGUACAUGCAGAGGGCCAAACACAUCGGCAAGGUCUGCCUCCGACUACGGAGCUGCUUCGACCCACCGCCCCCAUCGCCAUCCCAGGCACUGCUGCAGGGCAAGAAGCUCCACGCGACACUUGAGGAUCGUGUGUCGGACGUGUUGGAUGGGUGUCAAGACCAAGUGUCAAGCUGGAUCCAGGGCAUGAAGGAGCUCGAUGACAUCUGUGUGAGCCUCGUCAACAAUGCCCUGUCGCGGCUGUCCGAGAAGCAGGGCCGUGGGGACCGAGUCGAGGAAGCCACGCUGCAGCUGCUUCGCGCUCGGCUGUCUGCCAUUGAUUCCUCGACCGCCUCUGACCUGAGUCGCCCGCAAGGCACCGUCGCUGCUUCCGUGUCGUCUGUCGAAGAUGUUCUGAGGAGGCACAGCGAAGUGGAUGCCGAGGCAAAGCUGCUGCAGGCGGUCAUGACGCGACUGACCGAUGUCAUCGACCAAGGCCAAUCACCGUCAGCUGGAGGCCAGAGGGACACUGAGGGCGGUGCAAGUGCUGCCCAGCCUCAAGAUGGCAAGGAGGGCCAUCUCGUCGACGCGGCCUUGUCUCACGGGAUUGAGGAUUGUUUGGAUGUUUCGCUGUUGACACACACUUGUUGCCGAGUGGCGGCACAGGCCAUCAGGGCGAUGGAGGAUGCAUGCUCGUCCGGCCGACAUUUGUCGGUCCUCAUUGUGGGCCACAGCGUCGGCCACGCCGUCCAGUCCCUCGUCCGCGAAGUGGCCGACCACAACGUCCGCAUCACUGUCACCGACAGGGACUUGCCGUCGCUGCAGAAGGCCGCUGAGAAGCUUCGAGGCCUGCGGAACCUUUCGUUUGCCUUGCUGGAUGUGUCAGAGGAUCCACGGGCUUACGGCUUCGGCUCGGCUUCCUUUGAGGCCGUAAUCACCGUCAAUGCCAUCCGGAGCGCUGAGGACUGUGACGCAGCGGUGCGACACCUGAAGGACCUCCUUACCGACAAUGGUGCCCUCAUCCUCACGGAACCAGGCCUCCUCGGGUCGCCUUUCACUGCCCUCACGAUGGGUGUCUUCGACUCACACGCUACUCCACAUCAGGACGGCCUGACGAGGGACUCGAUUGAGGCAGUGCUGGAGAAACACGGCCUUGACGCCAGCCUGCCUGGCGGGCAGUCCCGACUCUUCCAGCAACAGCGCCUCAUCCUUGGCGUCUCUGAGGUCCAGUCUCAUGGUCCGCGGUCCACCUCUCCUGCGCAUGCGCAUGCGCCUGGGGAGUCGUGUUAUGUGAUCACCGGAGGAUUCGGCUGCCUGGGUCUGUGGAUGGCGCGGCACCUUAUCGAGAAUGGUGCCCGUCAUCUGGCCUUCCUGUCCAGGAGCAAUGCUCCAAGAGACGAGUACCGACCCGAGUGGGAGGCGCUCCAGCAGAGCAGCGUCACGAUCGAAGCCAUUCCAUGCGAUGUGACGGACGCAGGCAGCGUCAGUGCUGCAAUGGAGCAGCUGAUCGACGGCAACUCAAAGCAAAGGCCCCCCGUCAAGGGCGUGUUUCACCUUGCCGGUGCCCUGGCUGACGGCAGUCUGCAGAAACAGACGCGAGAGAUGCUGCAGCUGGUCUUCGAUGUCAAAGUCAAGGGAGCCCACAAUCUGCACGAGGCGCUGCAAGGCCUUGACGUCGAGUUGGACCACUUCACGGUGUUCUCGUCCAUCACUGGUCUGUUUGGGUCCCUCGGCCAGUCCAACUACGCCGCGGCCAACUCGUGUCUUGAUGCCUUCAUGGCCUACAGGCGAUCGACGGGCUUGUGCGGGCAGAGCAUCCAGUGGGGCCCCGUGGCGCAGUCGGCAAUGGCGGGCAGCAAGCGAGUGGAGGAGCUGGUCGCACUACAGGUAUGCACACACGGAUGCAUCAGCCAGCCAGACACACACACACACACACACUCACACACAUGCAUUUUCUUUCCUGCGUGCAGGGGCUGAAGCUGAUCGAGAGGCAUGUGUUUGAGAGGGGUUUCUAUGCAGCCGUGCGCACCGGUGUCCCCCAGGUGUGCAUCGCCCUCAUCAACUGGAGGGCCGAGGCGUUCGCGCACCGGCCGUCGGCCUUCUUUGAUGCCUUCCGCUUGAGUGACAGUGUCGACGCCUCGUUCCACCAGCGACAGACAGACGGUAUGCUGACCGGCGACAUGGAUCCCAUCGCCCUGAAGCUCAGCCGCAUCCCUGAACCGGAGCGCAAACAGUGGCUCCAGUCCGUGGUGCUUGACGCCGUCGAGAAGAGCAGCAGCGUCCGGCCGUCUCUCUCCCUGCCUUUGAUGGAGCUGGGCAUCGACUCCCUUGCGGCAGUGGAGCUCCGGAACGAGCUGUCCCGACGGCUGGGCAUACGCCUGCCGGCCACCCUGCUCUUCGACUUCCCCACCGUCGGGCAGAUCGUCGACUUUGUGUAUGAGGAAGCCAUGAAGCAGCUCCACGACGGCAUCGCCGAGAAGAGCCCUGGUCAGGCCGCUCUAGGUGGGCUGGACAAGGGCUCUGGUGCCGAUGCCUUGGUCAUCAGUGGGAUGGACUGCCGGAUGCCGGGUUGCGAGGAGUCGCCUGGCGGCUUCUGGCGUCUGUUGGUCGACCAGGUGGAUGCAGUGCGGCCAGUGCCGCUGAGUCGGUGGGACAUGGACGAGAUCUAUGACAGCAACAUGGAGGCGGACGGCCGCAGCUACUGCAAGGAGGCCGCCUUCGUGUCACACGCUGAGCUCUUCGACAUGGGCUUCUUCGGCAUAUCGUCAGCUGAGGCCGAGACCAUGGACCCGCAACAAAGAGUCAUGAUGGAGGUCGGCUAUGGCGCGUUGCAUACGGCCGGCUAUCGGCAGCAGAGCGUCUCGGGAAGCAACACCGGGGUCUUCAUCGGAUGCUGCGGCUACGACUGGAGCUACCGACUGGUCGACGCCAAGUCGAUUGGCACCUACACCGGCACCGGCGUCGCCGUGUCGAUCCUAGCUAACCGCAUCUCCUUCGCGCUUGGCCUUCGCGGCCCCUCAUUGACUAUCGACACGGCCUGUUCAUCGUCCCUGGUAGCUCUCGACGCUGCCUGUCAAAGUCUGCGGUCACACCGGUGCCGCACCGCCCUGGUGGGCGGGGUGCAGCUGAUGCUCAGUGGACAGGGGCUGGUGGUCUUCUGCAAGUCCAAGAUGAUGUCACCCAGCGGCCGCUGCAAGACAUUCGACGCCAGUGCCGACGGAUUUGGCAGAGGGGAGGGGUGCGGGGCUGUCGUCGUGGAGUCCAUGCACUCCCUCACUGACCGGGCGGCAGGAAGACAUGCCCUAGCCAUGGUCCGUGGCUCAGCAGUCAAUCAGGACGGCCGGAGCGCGACGCUGAUGGCCCCCAACGGCCCAGCACAGCAGGACUGCAUUCGCCGAGCCCUCCAGGACGGCGACGUGCGGCCUGAAGACGUGGUAUUCAUUGAGACCCACGGGACGGGCACGCAGCUCGGCGACCCGAUGGAAGUGGGCGCGCUCAAGGCUGUAUUGGUGGACAACCACAGGUCGAACCAUCAGCCGCUCUUCCUCGGGUCCGUCAAGAGCAACAUCGGGCAUCUUUUCGGGGCUGCAGGCAUUGCAGGGCUCAUCAAGACCAUCCUGGUGUUCCAGCACGGCCAGGUGCCACCCAACGUGCACCUGAAACAGCUGAGCCCCCACCUGGACUUCGACAGUGUCAUCACGCUGCCGACGGGGAUGGCUGCACUCCCCACGUACCCGGAGGACAGCGGGCGGAAGUCGAUGGGCGGCGUCUCGUCAUUCGGCUUCGGCGGGACCAACGCACACGUCAUCAUCUCUGCAGCAGCCGACGGCCCGCGUGACGCAGCAGCACUCACCGCCUUGGUACAGGAGAGGCACAUCUUCCUCAAUCGGACGUCGUUGCCGUGGACCGACGUGUGGCAUCCCUUCCUCAAAGAGAAGGCUGCACGGGACGGCCGUACGGCUUACCUGUGUCCCGUCGACGCCAAGGUGUUUGGUGUGGUGUGCGACCACGUCAUUCUGUCCCGCAUCAUCUGGCCUGCGGCUGGCUACCUCGAGAUGGCGGCGGCGGUUGCACGCGACGCAGAUCGCAAAAGGAGGAGGAGCGGCGUCGUCACGCUUGAGGACGUGAGCAUCGACAACCCGCUGCUGCUCAGAAGGCCGCCAGAUGACACGGACAGGCAAGCCACCUGGACUGGGCCCGUGCUGUCGUGCGACAUCGAUCCAACCGAUGGUGCUUUCGAGAUGACCGCCAGUGACGAACAUCUGGUGGCGGGGAGAGCCCUCAUGGAUGAGACUGAGGGCGCCGGGCUGGCGGAUAUCCCUCCACUCCAAGAGAUCCGCCAGCGGCUGACGACCGAGAUAUCCCCCCAUCACUUCUACUCGACCGUGGCAGAGGCGGGGUUGCAGCUGCAGCGGAAGUUCCAGGUUCUGAAGGAGCUGUACUGGGACCCUUCUUCACUAGAGGUGCUGGGGCGGGCAGAGGUGGACACCGAUUUGCACCUGGGCACGUCCUUCGAGAGCUCCUUCGGCAUCCACCCCGCCCUACUGGACGGCACACUGCAGCUGCCCGCCAUGGGCAUUCUCGCCACCCCCGAAGGCCACACCCCUGACUUGUUUGUCCCUGCUGGCAUCAAGACGGCCACCAUCUCGUUCAAGACGCAGCCGCAUUCGCGAACGCUCUGGUCCCAUAUCAAGGUCGGUGCCCGCGACACGGAGAAGGGCACACUGGACAUCCAGAUGACCGUGUGGGAUGGCGAGGGCAGGGCCGUGGCUGCCUUCCAGCACUUCACGUACCAACAGGUCAAGAUGGGACGGACCAUGCAGCAGGCCGCCAUCCGAGAGCUCCGAGAGACGACCACACUAUGGCAGGUCGUCUGGGAACCCCUCAAGGAUGGCACCCAGACCAGGAACACAGAGGACGAGGCAGCUCCAGCAGAUCCAUCAGCGGAGAAGGGCCACGCUGAUCGACCUGUCCUUCUUGUCCUCAGCUCAUGCUGUGAUCUGGGAGAUGCACCACCUCUGCCCGUGGGAGUGACGACGGUCCACCUCACAGCAUCUGACAAACAUGGGGGCUACCGCGAGCAGGUGCAGCCCUUCCUGGUGCAGUCGAGCGACAAGUGGAGGCAAUGGGAGGCUGUCAUCUUCUCCCCUGGCCCACCCAGCAGCUCGGACAGAGCCACCAUGGCGGCGACAGAGAAGAUGGUCCUGUACGAGGCCAUCCAGGUGGCGCUUUCGCUCUCAACCAGUACUUCAUCCGAAGGCGGCAAGGAGAGCCAGGGACAGCACAACGCAGCCCUGUUCAUCGCCGCCGCAGGCGCACUCCACGGACUCAGCGGCGCGGAACCGCACGAGCCAGUUCAUGCCGGUCUGUUGGGUGGCCUCGCCCGCUCCCUCCGCCUCGAGCUGCCCCAGCUGUCGAUCCACACGGUGGGCUUCGACAGGCAGACAUGCACUCUACCUCUCAUCGUGGACAAGGUUCGGGAGCGGAUCGAUGCCGGCCUGUCUGUGGAGUCUGAGCUUGCAUGGGGGGACCAGCAGUGGCGAGUGCCCCGGCUGGCCAGCGGGGCGCAGCUGCUCCACAAGGGCGGGGGGAUUAAGUGCACUGGGGCCACCCUGCCGGAACUGAGGGUCGAGCCACUGCUCGACAAGGAGCGGAGGGCACCGGAGGGCGCAGAUGGAGAGGUCGAGAUCCGAGUGCGUGCCGUAUGUCUUGUCAAGGACGAUGGUGGUCUCGGUGGGGCGACGGGCAAAACCGUCGCAGGAACGGUUGUGGCUCUUCCAGACCUUCCAGACGACGGCUUGGCUGACAACAGGCUGCAGGUUGGGGAUGAUGUCUUCGGCUUCGUCCCCAGCGGUGCCCUUCGGAGCUACGUGACGACACAUGCAACGCUGCUGGCCAAGGUGCCCCCCCAACACCAGCUGUCCUUCGAGCAAAUGGCCGCUCUCCCUGCUGCAUUCGCCAUCACCGACACUGGGCUGAGGGACCUGGCCCAAGUCAAGUCUGGGCAUAAGGUGCUCAUCACGGAGGCCGCAACCGACGUGGGUUUGGCGGCGAUUCAGUACUGCCGUCGUGUGGGUGCGACGGUGUAUGCGACGGCUGGGAGCGCCGAGAAGCAGCAGUACCUGCGGUCUCUGGGCGUCGAGUACGUGACGAGCACGCGAGACGUCAGCCGCUUCAAGACCGACAUGAGGGCCUUCCUCGGCGUCCCUCGAGAGGGCGGCGGUGCAUUGCCGACCGAUGGCGAUGCCGGCCUCGACGUCGUCCUCAACUGCCUGUCGCAGGGAUCCAAUGAAGAAACGUCAAUGGAGUUUCUGCGAGCGGGAGGGUGCGUUGUGGACUGCGGGAAUGACAGUCGCGACGGAGAGAGUGGUCGCCGACCUGACGUUCGUUACCACAGACUUGCCUUCGCUGACCUUCUCGGCAGUGAUUCUGGUGUGCUGCGGCAGAAGCUCGAUGAGCUUCAGCAAAUGCUGAGCGAUGGUCGCCUGCAAGCCCUUCCGCUGCGUGCCUUCGACGUCGACACCAACCAAGCGACAAAGAACGGGCGCUCGGGGGUUGCUGCCGCAUUCCAGUGCCUGCAGGAAGCACAGCACAUAGGCAGCGUCAUCGUGCGCUUCCCAACGUGCUUCGGUUCCUCAAGGAUGUUACACGGCGGCUCCCUCAAUGGUGUUCACGUGAUAACAGGUGGUGUGGGUGGAUUGGGUUUGGUGGUUGCCCGUUGGCUGGUGAGUGAGGGCGUCAAGUCGAUAGUGCUCGUGUCGCGCAGGGGCGCCCCGCCGGCCCAGACCGACGCCAAGACCGGAGAGCCCAACCCCCUCUACACACACUGGCAGUGGCUCACACAAUCGGCCGCAAACGUCACAAUCAAGAAGGCAGACGUCAGCAACAUGGAACACGUGGACUCCUUGGUUGCUGAGUGUGCCAGCGACGGCAUGCUUGGAGGGAUAUGGCAUGCUGCGGGGGUCCUUGCGGACGCGCCUGCAGCUGACCAGACCCUCGAGAUGAUCGGGCGGGUCUUCGACCCGAAGGCUCUCGGUGCGUGGAACUUCCACGAUUCGAUGGCCAGGCAGGGCGCUGAGUGCGGCUGCCUCAUGGCGUUCUCCUCGGUCACUUCCGUCCUCGGAAACUUUGGGCAGGCCAACUAUGCGGCGGCCAACUCGUGCCUCGACGCCUUGAUGCACUACAGGGCAACGGUCGCUUCCAUCCAGCAGCAGACUGGCAUCUCUGCAGACACGCCUGGCGUGGCCGCUGAGGAGCCCCCAGGCGUCCCUUGCUGCAUCAACAAGAGCAUCCAAUGGGGAGCCUGGUCCGAGCAGGGCAUGGCCCUUGGCACCGUCGAUGAGAGGCGGCUGAAGGCCAUCGGGAUGCGGGGGAUCACCAACGAGAUGGGACUGCGGAUCAUCGACACCCUCAUCCGCUUCGCUGACCCGAUGCCAUCCGCGUCAGUGACCCUGGCGCAGCCACUGGACCUGCCCCAAUUCCUCAAGGCGAGAGAUCACGUGCCUGCACUGUUCGUGAACCUCGCCCCGAAGAGGCAGGAGGGCUCUGGGAAGACCAAGCGCAUCAGUGGUUUCGAGAACAUGUCCGCCGAGGACAGAUUGCAGUUCGUGCAGACGACAGUGUCGCAGGCAGCGAAGGAUGUGUUGAGCAUGCAGGCGGACGAGAUGCCCUCCCCGGACACUCCUUUAGGGGAGCUGGGCCUCGACAGCCUCUCGGCCGUCGAGUUCAGGAACAGGAUCAACGAGCAACUGGGGGUCAAGCUGCCGCCCACCGCCAUGUUCGACUUCCCAACCAUCACAAAGCUGGUCGAGUACAUCUACGAGGAGGUGUCCCCCGCAGAAGGCACAGAUGCGGCCGCAGCUGCCGAUACCCAGCUGGCGGAUCGGCAAUUGCAGGACCAAUCUGCAGUGGGGGUCGGGUUUGCGAUCACGGGCAUGUCGUGCCGCUUCCCGGGUGGCAGCAACUCGAUAGCCGCCUUCUGGCAGGCACUGAUGGACAAGAAGGAUGCGGUAAUCCCCAUCCCCUUCUCGCGUUGGGACGGUGACGUGGUCUACAACCCCGACAUGGACUCGGACGGCCGGUCGUCCUACACGCGCAUGGCCUCCUUCCUCGACCACCCGGAGCGAUUCGACUGCACCUUCUUCGGCGUCAGCCGAGACGAGGCGUGGUACCUCGACCCGCAGCAGCGCCUCAUGCUCGAAGUCGGAUACGAGGCCCUCGACCAGGCCGGCCACGACAAGUACGACCUGGCAGGGGAGAUGAUCGGGUGCUUCAUCGGCGUGUGCAACUCUGACUGGGCGGGGGUGAUGAGAGGGACCAAGGCCACGGCCUACACGGGCACAGCGGUGGCCCUGUCCCUCUGUGCAAAUCGCGUGUCAUACACCCUGGGCUUGAAGGGCCCCAGUAUGUGCUUCGACACGGCCUGCUCGUCGGCUCUGGUGGCAUGCGAUGCGGCCUGCCUUAACCUCCGCGGCGGCCGAUGCUCAGAGGCACUAGUUGGCGGAACACAGGUCAGGGAAGUGAGGCAAGUCGGAGGGAUAAGCAUUAGGAGGCACCCAUUGUCUCCUCUUGGAUGUAGGUGUUGAGCACGACCCAGACAUUCGUGGCCUUUUCUCAGUCCAAGAUGCUGAGCCCUGACGGCCACUGCAAGACCUUCGACGCAGGCGCCAACGGCUUCGGCAGAGGCGAGGGCACGGGAGCUGUCGUCCUCAGCCGACUGGCCGAUGUCGAAAAGGAAGGUCGCCUUAUGUGGGGCAUUCUCAGAGGCGCAGCGGUCAAUCAGGACGGCCGCAGUGCCACUCUGAUGGCACCCAAUGGCCCUUCCCAGCAGCAGGUCCUGAGGAUGGCUCUCGCUGAGGGCCGAGUCGACCCACGUGACGUCGCCUAUAUCGAGGCACACGGGACCGGCACCGUCCUUGGUCAGACCAACACACCACACGCGCUGGCAUACAUUCAGACGGAACACAUACACACGUGGAUGCAUCUCCGCAACGUCUGCAAACUUUCCUUCAGGUGAUCCAAUCGAGCUCGGUGCCUUGCAGACUGUCCUUCCCAGACGGUCCCCCGGGGCGCCCCCCCUGGUGAUAGCUUCCGGCAAGACCAACAUCAACCACCUUGAGGGGUCGGCAGGCAUUGCAGGUCUCAUCAAGUUGGUUCUGGUGCUUCAGAACCAGAUCGCCCCCGCCAACAUCCACCUCAAAGCCCUCAACCCGCUCAUCGGAGUCGAAGAGUGGGACGUCGUCUUUCCCACGGAGUGCAUGCGACUGACGCCGACGCGACACGACGACAAUGGUGCAGCCACCCUGGUAGGCGGCGUAUCGUCUUUUGGCUUUGGCGGCACCAACAGCCACGCCGUGGUUGAGUGCGGCAAGGCCAACACCGCCCUGCCCUUCCACCAACGGCCCAAGAGGACCAUCGCCUUCCUCUUCACUGGCCAGGGCUCGGAGUCCGUGGGCAUGUGCCGACAGCUGUACCAGAGAGAGGAGGUCUUCCGCACAGCCAUCAAGCGAUGCGCGGCCAUUCUGGACAAGCUUCUCCCUGAGCCCCUCAUGGCCGUCCUGUACCCGGAUGUGCCCAAGAAGGAGAUCGACGAGCGCACCAGCCAGCUGAAGGCGUCGCGGUAUGCCCAGCCCUGUCUGUUUGCCGUGGAGUAUGCCAUGUGUGAGCUGUGGCGGUCCAAGGGCGUCACUCCUGACGCUGUCAUCGGUCACAGUCUGGGCGAGUACGUGGCGGCCGUCGUGGCCGGCGUCAUGAGCCUGGAGGACGGCAUCUUCCUGGUGGCUGAGCGGGCCAGACUCAUGGCGGAGCUCCCAGAGCAGGACGGCGCCAUGGUAGCAGUACGGGCAUCUGAGGAAACCGUGCGCCAGCUCAUCGACAAGGAGGGGGCAGGCCAAGAGGUGCAGAUCGGCGCCAUCAACGGGCCGAAAAGUGUCGUGUUGUCCGGGAAGAGAGAGGCUGUGUAUCGGGUGCUCGACACGGACAAGUCCCUCAGCCGGACUGAGCUGGACGUCACUCGCGCCUUCCACUCGCGCCUCAUGUCCGACAUGUUGGCGCCUUACGAGGAGGCCCUGGGGAGUGUGGAGCUCUCCCAGCCAUCAAAUGGCGUGACAUUCGUGUCGACUCUGACGGGCAAGCCUGUCAAGGAGGAGCUGUGCUCGACUGCUUACUUCACGCGACAGAUCAUGGAGCCGGUGCGGUUCCAGGACGCCAUCACAGCUGCGGCGACCUCCGUUGGGUGCGAUUUGUUCCUGGAGGUUGGCCCCACACCCACACUCACUCGGCUGGCGGAGAAGAUUCUGGAGACGAGCAGCGCCACCCCAGCUCUGAUCGCGUCCAUCAGUUCCAAGGACAGGGAGGCCCCACACAGCGCCUGGAACAGGACCUAUGGCCAGGUGAUGAGAGAGCAGGGCAUCAUCAAGGAGAGGGUGGUACUGCGGCCCAAGGAGUUCCCCUGGGGUCAGCCACGCCACCCCAUGGUCGAACAGACCAUCGCGGUCGCCAACUCGUUCUCGCAGAGGAGCGUCAUCUACGCCACCAGCCCCCACGGCAGGCCGCAGCCGCUAAUCAGGGACCACCUCACACAGAAUGAGCGCAUCUAUCCGACAUCCUUCCUCGUCGAGGCGGCUAUGGCCGCGUACGCCCUCUCACAAACAGCACUCGAUGAGGAAUUCGGUGUGCGGUCGUACCUCGCGGAGGACGCCUGUGUGUGCGCCAUGAACCUGCGAAUCGCCCAACACCCUUCAGUCGAGACGCCUCAGCCUGGCCCGUCUCCCUCUCUCGCUCUCGGGGAGACCAGCGACGCCAAAGACGAGGCCGCAGCACAGCCAGCGGCCACCCCCGAGGUGUGGCCGACGCUGCCGUCCUUCCCCAUCGACGUGCAGCGAGGCGGCACGGUUGUCAUCAGAAGAGACGGAUCUAGUCAGGACUCCGACACAGAACAGGGCAUCCUCACUGCCGAAGUCAGAGUCGACGAGAGGGUCCAGGAGGACGCAGGGGUGCAUAUCGGCUCGCUGGCGUCUCGCUGUCCGAUCCACGUGGCUUCCGGUGACUUCUACGCGCUUCUUGGGUCCCUCGGCACAGGCGUUGGGAAGGCCUUUGCCCUUGCGUCAGGCAUUCGGUACGGCGAGAGGGUGAUCACAGCAACAUUGAGACUUCACGAAGCACGCGACGAUCAUGAGGCCUUCGAGGAGGGGUUCCUCUUCCACCCCGCAUUCCUGGAGAGCGGCUUCCACCUGACAGCCUUCCUCAUGGCGGUCACAGAGCUGGGGGUGGAUCCGCAGAAGCCAGCGAGUGCGACGCCUGUAGGGUACCUCCCGAGGUCUGUGGCGGAGGUCAUGAUCACCAACAUGCCCCUCUGCGAAGGCACCGAUACUGAGCUGCUCAUCUGUGUGCAGCUGGAUGCCCUGUCCGGGCGUGCCGACAUGCACUUGUAUCGCCGCGAAGGCGGGUGUGUGGCGUCCAUGAGGGGGAUUGAGCUGCAGCCCUACAAGGCCACAGUCGAGGAGAGUCGCGCGGUGGAUGCCCUCUGGGAUGUCGAUUGGGUCUCGCAUCCGCAUUCACCUGCAGCUGUUGAGAGCAGCGGCGGUGCACCGAAGGAUGAUUGGGCUUGUCUGAUCUGGGUCAGUGAUUCCGAGACGGCGGAAGAGGUCACAAGCGUUCUGCCGCCGUCAUCGCCACACCAAGUCGUGAGUGUAUCGGACAAGGAGGCCAUGGAGUCGGCUCUCUCACGGCCUUGGGGCGGCAUCGUCUGUGCCCUGGGGCUGCAGACCUCACUCGACGAUGUCUCUGCGCUGGCCAGCUUGGGCGAGCUGCUGAGAGACCUCUUCUUGUCGCCUCGGCGCGCCAUGGACAAGAGCACAAGCAACCGACGAGAGGUCGCGUCGCUGUACGUCCUGACGUCAGGCGUCCACAUGAGGACGCACGACUCCAUCGACUGCUUAGCGAGCUCCAUGUGGGGCUUCCUGCGCAGCGCACGAGUGGAGAUCGGCUUGGCAGUGCGCCUGUUUGCACUUGACGUCGAUCGAGACCUGACACUGAAAGAGCCACAAGCCAUUCUUGACCGUGCGCAGCAAGCACAGCGGAUGUUGCAACCUCGCGGCGCAGCGGAUGACGAGCAGCGCUAUGAGGCUGAGAUGGCCGUACGUGACGGGCAGUGGUACGUGCCGCGCAUUGUGCCCUACGGGAGCACUGCAAGUCGGCUGGCGGCUCCGCGACAGUGGUGCUUUACGGCGGACAGAAAGGACAAGGGGCAGGCUGUCUUCUCUGGACAGACGGCGAGUGCCGCCGUGUCGGCGAUGCCGUCGUCGGCUGAUGGCGAUCCGCGAGUGGAGGUGCGAGUGGUCUCAUUCGAGAUCAGUCCUCAAACUGUUAGCGCACACCUGGAGAAGGAUGGACGCACCACCACCACCCACCAUGCGGCAACAUGGCCUUUCUGCGGCAUUGUCACCGGCACAUCUGCGCCGUGUGGCUUCAAGAUCGGGGAGCGUGUUGUUGGAGUCACCCAAGGGCCCUUCGCGUCACAUCUGCUUGUGGACGCCAGAGCCAUAGGUCGACGCCCGCCUCUCGUGUCGGAUGAGGUGGCGGCCGCAGCUGUGAUGCCCCUCCUCGCGGCCGCCAAGUGCGUUCCCACCGCUGAGCAGACACAAAGCCAUCCACGGACUGCCGUGGUGGUGUUGCGAGCUGGCGUGUUGAGUGUAGCGGCACGCGCAGCCCUUCAGACACUGAUGGUGGGCAAGUACAAGACACUCGUCAGUGUCGAGGACCGGCAGGAUGCGGACGCCCUCACUGCGUGGCCUGACGUGGACAUCUGCGUCGCCAAGACCUCUACCGAAGUGGCUGACGGCGUGAAGAAAGCGUUUGGUACUGCGGCUGAGGUCGACCUGAUCGUGGCGCCUGAUGGCGAAGAGGAUGAGGAGGCUCUGACAGAGCUGAGGAGGCUUGUCAAGCCACCUGGCGCCGUCAUCAACGGCGUGGACAGUUCCUGGGAGGCGGGACCAGUGUCCUGUGAGGCUUUGGCGACGGUCGGUGACAUGCUGUCGGACUCCUCAUGGGAGCAGCAUCGUGACAACCUGGAUGUGAGGAAUGUGAAGGACAUGGAGAACCAGGCCGCGGAGAGUCUGUUCGUUGCCGGCAAGCAGCUCGUAGCGAAGCUCCCCACCGCGUUGGCAUCAGACGGGCGUCCGCGAGGCUGUCACGUCAUCACGGGAGGCCUCGGUGAGUUGGGACUGGUCGUGGCUCGGUGGCUGGUCAAGGAGGGAGCGGAGGCCAUCGCCCUCCUGUCUCGACGGGGGCGCCUUGCCCCACAGUCUGGCGAGUCUCUGCGGGAGCACGUGGCGUGGCUUGAGGCGUCGGCUGCACAGGUGGUGCUCAGGCGCUGUGAUGUGAGUCGCGAGAGGGACGUCAGGACGACAGUUCAGGCGCUGUCAGAGGAGUUCGCAGCUCGGGGCGGCGUUGCAGGCGUCAUACACGCGGCAGGCAUACUGGCGGAUGCGACUUUGCGCAACCAAACAAGGGAGUUGAUCGACACCGUGUUCAGACCCAAGGUGAGCCUUCACCUCAGUCAGAUACACACGAGGUGGUGAAGGCAAUCCUUCAUCUAUCUCAUCUGUCGUUCGUGUUGGUGUACUGUCAGGUUCAUGGCGGGUGGAACAUGCACAGAUCGACCAUCGAUCUGGGCGUCGACCUCAAGUACCUCGUGUGUUUCUCGUCGGUCACGGCCCUGCUCGGCAACCUGGGCCAGACCAACUACUCGGCGGCCAACGCCUGUCUGGACGCCUUGAUGGCCUACCGCCGCCACCUCGGCCUGAGCGGACUGAGCAUACAAUGGGGCGCGUAAGUGAUGCAGACAGAAAGACAUACAUACAUGAGCUUUGCCGAAAGUGUUGGUUGGGACGUCAUGGUUCGUGCUGCGUGUUGCUGCGUGAUUCAGGUGGACAGAGCAGGGUAUGGCCUCACGGGCGAGCAACCUGGCCAUACUGCAGGCAGUCGGCAUCGCCCCGCUCGACAACGACCUCGCACUCCGCAGCCUAGCCAGUCUCCUGCCGUCGACCACUCACCCAGUGGUGGCUGUCCAAGAGAUUGACUGGAGGCGCUUCGCACUCAACCUUGACGCAGCCACAGGGCUGUUCAGUCGGGUGUGCCCUCCACAGGCGAAGCGUCAGGCAGGGCGGUCUCGAACCGGCCAACGCCAACAUGCCCAGAGAGAGGCCAUGGGCGCCGCGCAGGAUCAAGAGGCACUGGACGCUUCACUCCAAGAUCUGGGCAUCGGCGGCGGUAGGAACCGCACAUACGCACUGUGAAGCGGCACACUCAAUUAUCACCUGGUAUAUUCGUUGCUGCUAUUUCGUUCGUUCAGGCGACUCGUCCGGGAAGCCCCAGAUGCGGAGUGCUGAGUUGGACCGCAUCCGGGCGCUGCCUGCUGCGGAGCGGCGGCGUGUGGUCGAGUCAGUCGUGCUGUCGAUUGCCGAGGAGGUCCUGGCGGUCUCAGAGAUGCCCCCCAUGGACAUGCCGCUCCAGGAGCUGGGCAUCGACUCGAUGGCUGCUGUCGAGCUCAGGAACGCCCUGUCCAGACGGCUGGGGGUCAAGCUGCCUCCAAAUGUCCUCUUCGACUUCCCGACCAUCGAGGACAUCAUCACAUUCGUCUUGGGGGACCUGCUGGCAGACGAUGGAGAUCAAGACGGCAAUGGCGCGGCCGCCUUCCAGGCACACGCUUCUGCGGCUGUCAGGCGGCAACGGGCUGAGCUGGAGAGCGACAUCGGCCUUCCCGGCACCAUCAGCCUGGACGGCCGUCGCAUCAUAUCUCCGCAGGGCCCAGACGGCACCUUCAGGAGCGUUUUCCUGACAGGGGCCACUGGCUUCAUGGGCACCUGUCUUCUGGACUCACUCUUGAGGCGCAACCCGUCCGUGACUGUCUGGUGCCUCAUCCGGUGCAAGGACGAAGCACACGGAUGGGACAAGCUGGCCAAGCAGCUCGCCGCCUAUCGGCUGCCCACCGACGGGUCUCUUGAGGACGUCAAGCAAAGAGUAGUGGUGGUCAAGGGGGACUUCACCGAGGACAAUCUUGGCAUGACGGACGAGAGGUGGCAGGAGGUCGUCGAGAGCGUCGAGGCCAUCUUCCACUGCGGCGCCAUGGUCAACUUCUCGGCCACCUACUCGAUGCUCCGGAAAGCCAACGUCCUGUGCGUCAAAGACGUUCUCAGGCUGGCGACGUCCCUGCCGACCCACGUCAUUCCAGUCCACCACGUGUCGACGCUCGGCGUGUUCCACGACAACCUCCACGAUAUCCCCACCGCCCCUCUGCGGAACGGUCAGCCAGACACCACUCGCAACUGGUGCCUUGACAACGGUCGCCGCGUCUUCUUCGAGGACGACCCGGUGCUCGAGGACGAUCUCUCGAGCCAGCACCACAUCAAGCUUGCCCUCGGCUACUCCCAGUCCAAGUGGACGGCCGAGCGAGUGCUGCGUAUCGGCCAGGAGAGGCGCCUGCCGAUCAGCAUGUAUCGACCAGGCCGCAUCGGUGGCCACUCGAGGACGGGCGCGGUGAACCCGACGGACUUCCCGAAUGCGUUCGUCAAGGGCUGCAUCCAGAUGGGGACCAUUCCUGACAUCGACGUGCCGGUCCACCUGGUGCCCGUCGACUUCUGCGCAGAUGCUGUGGUGCACAUAGCCAUGAAGGCCGAAGGAGCGGGGUACCAGGGGGGCCCUUACAACCUCGACAACCCCCACGUCACCACCAUGCACGACAUAGCAGAGGCUGUGGGCAGCCUGGGGUAUUCGUUGUCCUUGGUGCCAUACACUGAGUGGCGCAAGGAGCUCGGCAAGGAGAUCAGUGACAAUGCGGCGCACCCCCUGGCGCCGCUCGAGCACAUGCUCGUCGACGAGCCUCCCAACGUGUGUGACGUGCCCUUCUUCGACAUGACCAACACUUGGUGAGCAAACCACACAUGUCAACACAAGAAACACACACGAGUGGGCAGCGCCGGAUUUCCUCUUUCCGUCGUACGCACAGGUCCGCCGUAUCUGACGACGAGAGCAUCGUGUGUGUGCCUUCGUCAGUGGAGUAUCUGGAGGUCAACCUCCGAUAUCUCCGCGACGUGGACUGGCGCACAUCGAUGCCAUCGGUCGGACUGGGCGGCUCCCUGGAGCUGGAGGCAUUUGUCAAGGACCUUGGCAGCGGAGAGGCAGUGGCGGCCGACAAGGAGCUCUACCUGAUCGCUGGACCGGCCGUACUCGAGCAGUACUUCACCGGUACGAUUCGUGCGAUACAUACAGGGACAAACAACCAACCAGUACUCCAUUAGAUGCACCCACUUGCCUCCGUAUUCAAUGUCUGCCUGUCCGUCUGUCUGUCUGUUGAGUGCAGAUCUGAGCUACACGCUCUCCCUGAGGGGCUACAAGCUGCUCCUGCUCCAGCUGCCCGCCGAGGCCACUUCGCCGGACGCCCCAUCUGACGGGGCCUCCCUGACGUCUUCGCUCCCCUUCCUGAGCAGCGUCACCAAUCUCGCCGGUGUCCUGGUCGCUGCCUUGAGGCGGAGGAGGAAGGACGGACCCUUCAACAUCAUCGGCUGGUCUUUUGGAGGUAAAUAGGAGGGGGAGGCCCAAUCAUGGCCUGGCCGAAGCCAUGCACCGACCAAUGUGGUUGUCUGUUGCCUGUUUGUCUGUGUUUCGUGCAGCUCUGGUGGCCAUUGAGGUGGCGAAAAUCCUCAACCGCCGCACCGACGACAACUCGUGUGUCCCCGUGCUGUCGCUCAUCGACCCCCUGGUGCCCAUCUCGCUGUCCGCCUCGGCGGCCACCCAGGCGCCCUAUUCCUUUGCUCUGUCGGUCAUUCUGUCGACGGUGGUGGGCAUGUUCAAGGAUGUCCUCCCUGAGGACUUCGAUCAGCUCCCUGUGGACCAGCAGCAGCACAUGCUCAUGGAGCUCGUCGCUGAGGCCACCGGGGCCAACAUCGCAACAGCCACAACAGACGUGGCAGAACAGCAGGAGGGAGCGACUACCAGUGCCGGUGCUGAGAAUGACUUCCUGCGACAGCAGGCCGACUUGGUGUCGGCUGUCCUGGGGGCUGGCGCGCAGCACGCGGCUAAGGGGCCGCAUUACGACGGCAAGACACACAUCAUCGACACACCGGUACGCAUGCCAAACUGCGAGUCGAUAUCGAACACAUUGUACCGAGCCGACACAAAAUAUCGUGCUUUCCUUUCUGCAGUGCCCGAGUCCAUUUCCUCCGUCGAGUGGGAUGGCCGUCGUGGCGGCCCCCUCUGUGGUGGCUCUGGGCAGCAUGAGCAUGACACACACUCUGCUGCCCGGCGGGGGUCACUUCAACUGUCUGCGUGACCCGCAUGUCGACCCCCUGGUGGAUGCGCUGCUGGAGAAGCUCACUGCUGUCGAGUGAGACAGAGAUGUCUUUCGUCUGACUGCUGAGUUCAUGGGUGUGAUGUGUGUAUGGCGAAGGCUCGACACUGGUUUCUUGUCUAUUUGGGUGUGUGUUGGUUCGUGCGCUAUGGCAGUAAGUAAGACGUCCGUCGUAGGCGAUGAUGUGGGGUGGGGUGGGGUGGGAGGGUAAGUCUUUCUGUUCGGUGUGUGGAUUCAGUCCGCUAAGGAUGAUAUGAUGUCUCUCUCUCUCUCUCUCUCUCUUAAGGAGGUUCAUUUGUGCUUGUGCGGCAUAAGGUAUAUGAAGGUGAGUAUCAAGACUGUAGGUCUGUCUCUGUGUGGCGCUAAGUCAGUCCAAAGCGUGCUUUCGACGUGUGCAUGGCUGAAUGGCUGAACGGCGUGGGUGGGUGCAGGUGCGGGUGUGGGUGAUUGUCUUGUCACAUAUAUACUAUGUGUAGCUAUACGUGUGUGUAGACACGCAUUCAUUCGUACGUAAGUACGCACAUCGAUCUGUAUUUAUGUAUUUGUCAGUACGUCUUGGCAUCUGUUCACACAAGUGCGUCCUUCCUAGGCACACUUUUUUCGUCUGGCUCUCUCUCUCUCCGUCUCUCUCUCUCUUUCUCUCUCUCUGUGUCGCCUCUGCAGCUGUGUACGUCACGAAGGUGUCUUCUUCCGAUGCAAUCGGAGGCCGGGGCCAGUCUGUCUAUCUGUCUGUCUGUCUGUCUUUUGAUGUGAUGAGGAAGAAGCUAUCGGUGAAUGUGGAAUGUGGAAGAAGGUCUAGCCAUACAGCUGGCCUACGGCGAAUGUGGAAUUCCACACAAGAAGCGUAUGCAGCAAGGCAAGGCGCGGCGCCUCAAGUAGGUAGCGUUCCUUCUGAAUGUUGUCCUGUCUGUAGUCAUUCACUAGCUCUCUGUAUUGUCUGCCUGUCUAUAAUACCGGCCUGUUUAUAAUCCGUCUGUACGGUGGAUUGAUUGGGGCAGUUUUGGCUGUUGUGGUGGGGGGAUUCUGCUCGACAGUUUGCGUCUGGUUGUCUACCAGUCUGUCUACCUGUGUGCGACCGACUAUUUGGCAAUGUAUGUAUGAUGCGGGAUGCGACAAAGGGAUGUAAUGAUGCGAUAAAUGUGGACAUGAACAUAUGAAUGCCCGUCAGGGCGCGUUACG